AGUGUUCCACGUCGCUGUUUACUGCUCACACACGAGUAAACGUUUUUAGUUUUUUAUUUUUAAACUGAGGCAGCGGUGACAGUGAAUGGAGCAGAUUCGGACGUGGCCAUGUUGCUAUGGAGUUUAGUAACGGGGAAGCGCGAUCGGUAGAAAAACACCAUCCAAAACGCUGAGUUUAGGAGGAAAAAUAUGAUUAAACAGACUAUUCAGAUAUUUGCUCGCAUUAAACCCACUGAGAGGGCGGCGGUGUACUCUGUGGACAACGAGGAUCAGGCAGGUGCAAUGUUGGAGUUUGUGGUGCCCAGAGAUCUAGCUGAUGGCUUCAUCAACAACAAGAGGGAGAACUACAAGUUCAGGUUCAAAAAAGUUUUUGAUCAAGCCAUCAAACAAGAAGAGAUAUUUGAAGCCGUUGCCAAACCAGUUGCAGACAGUGUGUUAGAAGGCUAUAAUGGCACCAUUUUUGCCUAUGGACAGACGGGCAGUGGGAAGACCUUCACCAUCACAGGAGGGGCUGAACAGUACAAUGACCGUGGAAUUAUCCCCCGCACCCUGUCCUACUUGUACCAACGCAUCAGCCAGGACAGGAGUGUGCUGUACACCACCCAUAUAUCCUACUUGGAGAUUUACAAUGAGGUUGGGUAUGACCUUCUGAAUGUACAGCGUGAAGCAUCACAACUGGAAGAUUUACCAAAAGUCACAAUUCUGGAGGAUUCCAAUCAGAACAUUCACCUCAGGAAUUUGUCUCAGCAGUUGUCAGCAAACGAGGAAGAGGCGCUGAAUCUGCUCUUCCUGGGAGACACCAAUCGUAUGACUGCAGAAACUCCAAUGAACCAGGCAUCCACACGUUCCCACUGUAUAUUCACAUUGCACUUGUGUAGGCGAGAGCCAGGCUCAGCCACACUACAGCGCUCCAAACUCCACCUGGUUGACCUGGCUGGAUCCGAAAGAGUUAGCAAAACUGGUGUGGAUGGACGUCUCCUCACUGAGGCCAAGUACAUCAAUGUCUCUCUCCACUACUUGGAGCAGGUGAUUAUAACUUUGUCAGAGAAGAGCCGCUCACAUAUUCCUUAUAGGAAUUCCAUGAUGACAUCUGUGCUGAGGGACAGUCUUGGGGGGAACUGCAUGACCACAAUGAUUGCCAAUAUAGCCAUUGAUAAAAGGAACCUCAAUGAAUCCAUCUCUACAUGUGGCUUUGCUCAGCGCGUGGCUCUCAUCAAGAAUGAGGCAAUAUUGAAUAAAGAACUGGAUCCUGCUCUGUUAAUAGCACAUUUGAAGAGAGAGAUCCAGUCUUUGAAGGACGAGCUUUCCAUGUUGACAGGAAAGCAAAGAAAUGAUCUGCUAACUGCGGAAGAGAUCCAAAAGUCUGAAGAGCUAGUCCGGGCCUUUCUGGAUGAUCCUGAUCCUGAGGCGACACUGUCAUUGGGCCCAGACAUGAGAAAAAUCCAUUACUGUUUUUCCCUCCUGAAGAUAAUGAUCCGGGACAAACGUGAUGGUAAGGGCAAUGAUGGCGAGGUGUCCCCAACAGCAACAAGAGCAGAAGAAGUUCAAGAUGUGUCCAGUUCAGUAGAACAGACCAAACUCAAGGAUAUGCUUAAACAACGUGAUGAUGAGAUCAGUAUUCUUGUAAAGGUGCUAAAGAAGGAGAAAAAAAGGGCUGAGGAUGCUACCACUCAGCUCGCCAAAAUCACCCGUGGCCAGAGCCUGGCAUCCCAGAGUGCCGUGAGGUUGCCCACACGUCCUCAGAUGAGAGCAGAAAGCUCCAACACGUCCCCCACUGACCAGGAUGAACACACUACACAGCAAAGAAAAAGAGGUCCACAGUUAUCAAUGGGAAAGCGAGAAGCCUUUGAAAUUUUCAGAAGGGACCAUGAGAGCAGUCAAACUAUACAAGACAAUAAUAACCUGCUCAAACAGAGGACAGCCGAGGCCAGAAAAUAUGGAGAACAACUCAAAGCGUCCAUAACCAGACUCAGUCCACAGUUAUCAAUGGGAAAGCGAGAAGCCUUUGAAAUUUUCAGAAGGGACCAUGAGAGCAGUCAAACUAUACAAGACAAUAAUAACCUGCUCAAACAGAGGACAGCCGAGGCCAGAAAAUAUGGAGAACAACUCAAAGCGUCCAUAACCAGACUCAAGAAGCUGAAGAAGCAGAUCGAGAUACGACGAAAGCAAAGGGCAAUAUAUGCUGUAAUGGAGAAUCACAAAGAGUGUGAAGAGGACAUAGACCCGGAAGAAGCAAACCUGCUGAAAUGCUUUGAUGCUGAGAAAAAAGUUUACAAGGACACUGAAGCCAUUCUGAAGGAUUUCAGGAGCAUGAUUGAGUACCUGAAGCUGAUGCUCGAGAGGUCAAAUGUCAAGCUGCAGAAGGACUUCCAGGAAUGGUGGAAGGAUCAGGCCUCCAGGUUGCAGGAGUCUGAAUUAUUGGGCUCAGCCAGACUGAAUCAGCAGACCGAGUUCACACAGAGGAGCUUAGAGCCGUUUUUAGACGGCGCUUCAGGGUUUAGCAUGUUUAAGAGUACACCGUCCAAGACAGUCUGUCAUGAUGGGACGGUGACGGACUCCACUGGGUCAGACUUCAGGAUGUUUUCCGCUGCUGCACCUUCAUGUCCUGCUAAUCUGAUGACUGGAGACCAGCAGAUAGACGAUGAUAUCCGGGCCUUUUACAGAACCAGACAGAACAUGAUCAACAGGAAUGCUGUGGUGUCCCACCAUGAUGGGAUGAGGACAACGUCUCCUCCUUCAGAUUUGAGGAUGUUUUCCAACACUGCACCCUCAUGUCCUCCACAUCUGCUGACCGGAGACCAGCGUGUGGACAAUGAAAUCCAGGCCUUUUUCAGAACCAGACAGAACAUGAUCAACAGGAGUGUGAUGGCCACCUGUCAUGGCAAAAGAAUGACCACACCCACUUCAUUAGGCCUGAGGUAA